GGUGAGCGUGGAGGACGUUCAUGUGACCAGAGGUGAACUCACCUCAGCCUCUGAGCGAUGGAGAACCAGACGGACAUCCUGCUUCUGGAGGGGUUAAAGGUCCCGCACCAGUCCACCGUCCCCGCCUUUAUCCUCCUCCUCCUCAUCUACGUCUUCAUCAUGGUGUCAAACCUCGGCCUGGUGCUGCUGAUCGCCACCGAGCGCAGCCUCCAUCAGCCCAUGUACCUGCUCUUCUGCAACAUGAGCGUGAACGAUGCGUUUGGGGCGUCGACUCUCAUACCUCGCCUGCUGAGCGACGCCCUCCUCCCGAGUACAGAACGGUUCAUCCCCUACAUUGACUGCGCCGCUCAGGCGUUCUGUGGCCACUUGCACGCGAGCAUGUGUCACACCGUGCUCAUGAUCAUGGCGUUUGACCGCUACGUGGCCAUCUGCAACCCACUGCGUUACGCUGCCAUCAUGACCAACAGGAUGGUGGCGGUGCUGUCGGCGUGGGCGUGGACUGUGUCUUUGCUGCUGGUGUCCAUCCUAGUGGGCCUCAGCGUCCGCCUGACGCGCUGCAGGUGGGUUAUCUUCAACCCGUUCUGCGACAAUGCCUCGCUCUUCAAACUCUCCUGCGAAAGCGUCCUGAUCAACAACAUCUACGGCCUCGGCUACACCAUCGUCCUGCUUGGCUCCUCCCUCGGCAGCAUCGCGCUCACGUACCUGCGGAUCGCUGUGGUCUGUCUGAGCGGCAGGAACGCGACCCUGAACGGCCGCGCGCUGCAGACCUGCGCCACUCACCUCGCCGUCUACGUCAUCAUGCUCGUGUCGGGCUCCGUCGUCAUCAUCCUCCAUCGCUUCCCGCUCCUGUCGGACCAACGCAAACUGGCUUCCAUCAUGUUCCACGUGGUUCCGCCCGCCCUGAACGCCAUCAUCUACGGACUGCAGAUCAAAGUGGUGCGACAGAAAAUCUUCAUCAUGUUCAGCAGCAAAACCACGACAGUGAAAUGUUAACAUAUUUCAUUUUUAUUAAAGUGCCUGUUAAACAGUAAA